AUGCGCAUCGACGGCACCACCAGCGCGAAGAAGAGGACGGACCUCGUGCAGGCCUUCCAGGACACACGCGCGCCGGGCUCGCCGCGCGUGGCCCUCCUCUCCAUCAACGCGGCCGGGGUGGGCAUCACGCUCACCGCCGCCCACCACGUGAUCUUUGCGGAGCUCAGCUGGACGCCCGGCGUGCUGGAGCAGUGCGUCGACCGAGUCCACCGGCUCGGGCAG